GCACUACUUGGGGCCAUCCCUGCAUGGCUCGUCCCAGCCGAGCAGCACCGAGCCCCCAACCAUGAGCAGCCCCCCCACCUAUGGCAGCGUCCGCUUCUCAGGCUGCCGGGCCCUGGCGCCUGCGGGCAGGUGAGCUCCCCUUUAAGGGCUGGGUUUGAGGUGGGGGUUAAGGGUUUUUAACAAGAAGAGGGGAUGGGGAGUGGGCGUUGGAGCGCGAGGGACCCUCCAACCCAAUGGGUCUCCCUCCAGCAAAGUGAAGGGGAUGUGGAGGCAGCAGAGGAUCCCCAACCCCAGGAGGAGGUCGGGGUGCCCCAGACCCCAAGCGGGGCUCUGCAGGAGGGUUCCCCACCCCGGCUGACGUUUCCAUUGGGUUUACCUUGUCCUGCCGUCAUGCUGCUCAGAGCGAAGGGCCCCGCGGGGCUGCGCGUGGGACAAGGACAGCACUGCCCUCACUGCAGCCCUCCUGCAGGAUCUGCCCGCUGCACGGAGCAGCGCCGCGGGCACUGCUAUAAAUAGGGCCCAGGGCUCCGCAGAGGGACAGGAGUGCAGCCCUCGGUGGUGGGAAGGGAUGGGAGGAAAUGGGGAGAGGAGGGGGGCAGGAGGCGGUCGGGGCAGCCCUGGGGCCACGCAGGGAAUUUGUGACCUUUGCAGAGCUCCGAAGCGGUCGCACAGCGGUGUUUAUCUGAGAUAAAUCGUGGGAACGUUGGUUUGGGAGGCAGAGUGCAGAAUUUAUGUAGAAGUCCGUAAGGGUGCGGGUGAGCAACAGCAGUGCCGAGUCGCUGGACCGGCUGUACCCGGCGGUGGGCUCCUCCAAGCCGCCCCGAAAGCGGACCACCAGCCAGUGCAAGUCAGAGCCCCCGCUGCUGCGCACCAGCAAAAGGACCAUCUACACCGCCGGGCGGCCGCCCUGGUACAAUGAGCACGGGACACAGUCCAAGGAGGCCUUUGUCAUAGGUCUGGGAGGGGGCAGCGCCUCUGGGAAAACCACGGUGGCCACCAUGAUCAUCGAGGCUCUGGAUGUCCCUUGGGUGGUUCUGCUCUCCAUGGACUCCUUCUACAAGGUGCUGACCAAGCAGCAGCAGGAGCAGGCAGCCAGCAAUGACUUCAACUUUGACCACCCCGAUGCCUUUGACUUUGACCUCAUCAUCGCCACCCUGAAGAAGCUGAAGCAAGGCAAGAGUGUGAAGAUCCCCAUCUACGACUUCACCACCCACAGCCGGAAGAAGGAAUGGAAAACCCUCUAUGGUGCCAAUGUGAUUAUUUUUGAAGGUAUCAUGGCAUUUGCGGACAAGGAGCUGCUGAAGCUCCUCGACCUGAAGAUCUUUGUGGACACGGACUCGGACAUCCGCUUGGUGCGCCGCCUGCGCAGGGACAUCAGUGAGCGCGGCCGCGACAUCGAGGGAGUCAUCAAGCAGUACAACAAGUUUGUGAAGCCCGCCUUCGACCAGUACAUCCAGCCCACCAUGCGGCUGGCAGACAUCGUCGUGCCCCGAGGGAGUGGAAACACGGUGGCCAUUGAUCUGAUCGUCCAGCACGUGCACAGCCAGCUGGAGGAGAGGAAGCUGCGCUGGGAUAUGGCCGCCCUGGCCUCUGCCCAUCAGUACCACCCCCUUCCACAGACCCUCAGCGUGCUGAAGAGCACCCCUCAGGUGCGGGGAAUGCACACCAUCAUCAGAAACAAGGAGACCAGCAGGGACGAGUUCAUUUUCUACUCCAAGAGGCUGAUGCGGUUGCUGAUCGAACACGCGCUCUCAUUUCUCCCUUUCCAGACUUGCACUGUUCAGACCCCCCAGGGCCAGGACUACGAAGGGAGGACGUACAGUGGGAAGCAAAUCACCGGGGUGUCCAUCCUGCGGGCGGGUGAGACCAUGGAGCCGGCACUGCGAGCUGUCUGCAAGGACGUCCGCAUUGGGACCAUUCUCAUCCAGACCAACUGCAACACAGGCGAGCCGGAGCUCCACUACCUGCGGCUGCCGAAGGACAUCAGUGAGGACCACGUCAUCCUGAUGGACUGCACGGUCUCCACGGGAGCUGCAGCCAUGAUGGCCGUGCGGGUGCUGCUGGAUCAUGAUGUCCCAGAAGACAAGAUCUUCCUCCUCUCCCUGCUGAUGGCAGAGAUGGGUGUCCACUCGGUCGCCUACGCCUUCCCCCGGGUGAAGAUCAUCACCACAGCUGUGGACAAGAAGGUGAACGACCUCUUCCGGAUCAUCCCCGGCAUUGGGAACUUCGGCGAUCGGUACUUUGGGACGGAUGCUCCUCCCGACUGGAGCGACGACGAGGAUGCUCUCAGCACUUAGCUGGGUGGGAGAUGCCACCGGCGCCAGGCAGCUUCAGCACUGCACCUUAAAUCCCCCCCCCUCCAUCGCAGAGAUUCCUCCUUCCUCCUCACCAAGCAUAUAUUUUUUUCAAGUCUUUCAUCAGAGAUCUAGGGCAUAUUUUUUCAAACACAAAUCCUAGUGUGACUUUGUGGACAGCCGCAGUGUCCCAGCAUAGAGUGGAGUUAAUUUAUUUUAAUUUAACUAUUUGCCUAUAUAACUUAUUGGAGAUAUUUUAUAAAGAAAAGUAAUAAAUUUUUUCUCUGGUUUUCUUGAA